AUGGGCUCUGUAGGCAAACUCUCCGACCCCCAGGAGUAUCAGAAGAUCUUCCAUUGGGCGGAAACCCAGAAGGACGGUACCAUCCCGUCCUUUGCCACGCGACGCAAUGAUCCUUAUGAGUACCAAGCCGGAUUCGGCAAUUCGCUCUCCAGCUUCGCGUCCGAGGCUGUUCCUGGUACCAUUCCACAGGGCCAGAACAGUCCGCGCUGUGUGCGAUUCGGCUUGUAUGCUGAGCAAGUGACGGCGACGGCAUUCGUUGCCCCGCGACAUGCCAACAAAAAGGCGUGGCUCUAUCGGGCUCGUCCUGCUGUUGCGCACCAGGGUUUCACUGAGCUCCCUGAUAACAAAGACACAGAGUCCAGCUUCCUCCCCCUAAACCCUCGCGUCCACGUCUCCCCUACCCAGCUCGCCUGGCACCCUUUUGAUAUCCCCACCUCUGGGGAAGUGGAUUUCGUCACUGGCCUCAAGACCGUGGCGGGAUCGGGCGAUCCGACCCUCCGUGAGGGACUGGCUACUCAUGUCUACACGGCGAAUGUCAGCAUGACCAAGAGAGCGUUCGUCAACUCCGACGGCGAGUUCCUCAUCGUCCCCCAGCAGGGAGCUCUGGACAUUCAGACCGAGUUCGGUCCCCUGUAUGUCCAGCCCGGUGAGAUCGUCGUCAUCCAACGUGGCCUUCGUUUCCGCGUGGAACUCCCCGACGGUCCUUCUCGCGGGUACAUCCUCGAGGUCUGGGGCACUCAGUUCGAGCUGCCGGAGCUGGGCCCCCUGGGCGCCAACGGCCUCGCUAACGCACGGGACUUCCUGUCCCCUGUGGCGCAGUACGAGAUCAAGCAGGAGCCAUGGGAGAUUGUGUACAAGCUCGGCGGCAAGUUUUUCAAGAGCACGCAAAACCACAGCCCCUUCGACGUCGUCGCCUGGCACGGCAACUACGUUCCGUACAAGUACGACCUGACGAAAUUCGUCAACGUCGGCUCCAUCUCUGUCGACCAUAUCGACCCGUCCAUCUUCUGUGUGCUCACGGCCAAGUCGCGCGACCUCAAUGCGCCGCUGGCCGACUUCCUCAUCUUCUCGCCGCGCUGGGACGUCGCCUCGCACACCUACCGCCCGCCGUACUACCACCGCAACGCCGCCUCCGAGCUGAUGGGCCUGAUCUACGGCGACUACGGCGGCCGCUCUGACGCCUUCAAGCCUGGUAGCAUUUCGUUUGAGUGCGGUAUGGUUCCGCAUGGUGUGGCGUAUGAGGAGUUCAAGGCCGCCAGUGACAGUGCCCCGCCGGUCAUGCGGAUAUCCGAGGCCUCCAUCGCGAUCAUGUUCGAGUCGUCCCGGCCGUUCACCAUCACCGAUUACGCGUGGAACAGCAACAAGAGGCACGAGCAUGAGCCGAAGAUGUGGGACAAUCUGGUCGACAACUUCUCCAAGCAUGCGAAGGAGGUGGAGGAACUGUUGGCGAAGAAGGCCCAGGGAGUGAAGAUUUAG